AGAAAAUCUGAAAAAAUCAUUUCUAAUUGGAAUUUGGACAAAUUAAUUAACGUCAUGUUGUGAUAAAAACAAAAAUAUGGAAAACACAAUAAUUUAAAAACAAUAUUGUGCAAAUUGUUAACAAUUAAUACAUAUGAAUACAACAAGAUAAUGAAUUUAUAAAAAAAUAAAACAUUUAUAAUAAGGAGAACAAAAACAAACAACUGAAGAGGGAUUGGAAUUGAAACAAAUUAUUUAAUUGGCCACAAUGUCACCUCCUAAAACUUGUGCUGUAUGUGGCGACAAGGCACUGGGAUACAAUUUCAAUGCUGUAACCUGCGAAAGUUGCAAGGCCUUUUUUCGACGCAAUGCCUUGGCCAAGAAGCAAUUCACCUGUCCCUUUAACCAAAACUGUGAAAUUACCGUAGUCACGCGAAGAUUUUGUCAAAAAUGUCGUUUGAAGAAGUGCCUGGAUAUUGGCAUGAAAAGUGAAAAUAUCAUGUCCGAAGAGGAUAAAAUGGCUAAACGACGUAAAAUUGAAACUAAUCGAGCUAAGCGAAAAAUUAAUGAACAUAAAUCACCUGAAAGUAAUGAAAGUGGAAGGGAGGUUAGUAGUGCUGAUGGUCAAGGUGAUACGGCUGUUGCUGAUAGUAGUGGCUAUGAUGCGUUUGCUGGUAAUUACGAUUCUCGUAGUUGUGGUUCAUUUGACAGCAAUACAGCUGGAUCAUCGGCCGGUACUGCCCCAACAUCGAGCACUACACUACCUGUUUCAGAUUCAUUACGUGAUCUCAAUCCCGAAUUGAUGACGGGAGAGGAAAUGGUUGAAUUUAUAGUGGGAGAUCCAGAUAGGGCGUCACAGGCAAUAAGUAAAUUAAUGAAAACUCCGGCCGAAGCAGUAGCUACGUUGGAGAAAAUUAUUAAUUCUCAAAAGGAUGCUUUGCGUUUGAUUUCACAUUUAAUUAACUAUCCAGGUGACGCUUUAAAGAUCAUUAGUAAAAUUAUGAAUUCACCUUUCAAUGCUUUAACAGUAUUUACAAAAUUUAUGAGUUCACCCACCGAUGCUUUAGAAAUAAUUUCAAAAAUUGUUAGCUCACCUCAGGAAGUUUUGCAAUUCAUAAAGAAUUUAAUGGAUUCACCGGAAAAUGCUAUGGAUAUAAUGAAUAAAUUCAUUAAUACACCGGCGGAAGCUUUGCGUAUGUUAAAUCAAAUCUUUAAAGGUCACAAUGAUGGAAGCGAACAUCAUUCUGAAGAAAAUUUGGAACUCAAAAAUGUCAUUAAAAGCAUACAUGAUUUGACGACGCCCGAGAAUUUAUCGUCAAAUGACCAAUCCACGAAGUCGAUAAUGAGGAAUCCGAAUGUUGCUUCACCUGCAAAUGAAAAUACUCUUAUACAUUCUAUGCUUAAUUACCCCAGUCCGAAUGAUGUGAACAGUGUCAUUAUGCCGCCAGCAAUAACAUCACCCUCACAUGCAUCCGCACCGGUCACUCCUUUAUCAAUUGAUAGCGGUCAUUAUGUCACACCACCGCUGUCAGUAACUGGUCCACCUACAGAGUCCUUAAACAUGUCAUCACCUUUGCAAUAUCACUCAUCGCCUGGAAUUAGUUCUACAGGUCCAUCUACUCCCCUAAUACCAGCACACCAUGAUGAAUUGCCCAGCACUUCUUCGGUAGGUCUUCUAUCUCCACCCUCUGAAGUGGAUGCCGCUGCAGCGGCAGAAUUUGCCAGUGAACAUUUUGAUAUCAAAUCAUUUAUACAGAAUUCAUUUCCUGCAAACUCCGGUCCAUAUACACCUGGUGAUAGCUUAAAUUCUUUAGAAUCAGUACUCACCGAAGUGAUACGCAUAGAAUUUCAAGCUUUUAAUAAUCUACCACCAGAACCACGCAUAAAACAUGAACACAUGAAUUCCAUGAUUAAUCUAUCACAAAGUCCUGAAGAUAUGGGUAGAGUACCAACGCAGUAUGGAAAUGUCAGUUGUAUGCCGCAACAGCAACCAUUACAAUGUCAACCGCCGGUGGUGUGCUCGCCCUCUACAAGUAUCAGUAUGUCGCGAGAUCUUAAUGAAACUGAAUUAAUGAAAUUGCGAGAGUUGAAAAUGGCCAGUGAGGCAUUGUACUUGCCAGUCGAUGAUGAUUUGAGUGUUUUGAUGAGUGAUGAUAGAAUAAAGCCCGAAGAUACAAACCAAGAUCCUAAACUAUUGCAAGUGAUAAAUUUAACAGCCGUUGCCAUAAAACGUUUAAUAAAAAUGGCUAAAAAAAUAGCCGGUUUUCGUGACAUGUGUCAGGAAGAUCAGGUGGCCUUGCUGAAAGGUGGUUGUACAGAAAUGAUGAUAAUGCGUUCAGUCAUGACCUACGAUGAUGAUCGCAAUACAUGGAAGAUACCUCAUACCAAAGAUGACAUGUCCAACAUAAGAGCAGAUGUUUUAAAAUUAGCCAAAGGUAAUGUUUAUGAAGAACACAUUAAAUUUAUAAGUACAUUUGAUGAAAAAUGGCGCAUGGACGAACAUAUUAUAUUAAUAAUGUGUGCCAUUGUAUUAUUUUCACCCACAAGGCCACGUAUUAUACAUUCCGAUGUUAUCAGAUUAGAACAGAAUUCCUAUUAUUAUCUUCUACGAAGAUAUUUGGAAUCGGUUUAUCCUGGUUGCGAGGCUAAAUCGGCUUUUAUCAAAUUAAUACAAAAAAUUUCAGACGUUGAACGUUUGAAUCAAUUUAUUAUUGGUGUCUAUUUAAAUGUUAAUCCAUCACAAGUUGAACCUUUACUAAGAGAAAUUUUCGAUUUAAAAAAUCAUUAAACUGUAGUUAUUUUUCCUAUUUUGUUUACUGUUAUUUCAUCUAAUUUUAAGUUAAAAUACUAUUGUUAAAUUCUGUAAUUGUUAAUCAAUUAAGCAUAAAAUGCUUUUUUGUUAACAAUAAAUAAUCAGUAAAUAUAAAGUACCUUUGCUGCUCCCCUCCUGUUUUAAAGUUAUUUGUACAAGUGAUAAAUGUACAAAAUAUUUUAAAUAUUAACUAAUAAUAAACAAAUGAAUAUGUAUAUCACAUUAUAUUUUCUUAAAAGUAUAUUACUGUAAAAUUAUUGUUAAACAAAUUCAAUUUUAAUCGUGUAUAAAGAUGAAGAUGAAGUAAAUUAUUGUGCAAUUUUAAUUCUAUAUUUAUGUAACUAUUCUUAUUCUGUCGUAUGUGUGUAUUUUUUUAUUGUAUCUAUUAACAAAGUAGAGUAGCUUCUGCCUGAAUGAAUAGUUAAUUUAUUCCUUAAUCUUAUAUGUAUGUAUGUACAGACAAUGUUUUAAUUACAUUAAUAAAUUCUUAUGAGUAGUAAA